UGACACGCCGAAAGUGAAGAAUUUUGUGUUCUUCCAAUUUCCUAAUAAGUUUUCAACUCCUCAGAUCUGCGAAUUCCAUCUCAUCGCAUUUUCUUUAACUAGAGAGGUUUUACAGGUUUUAAGAUGAAAUUUUCCCGCCAGUUGUGGCUAUUUCUGUUAACUAUAAAUGCAAUCUUUCUCCAUCUAAAUAUCCUUCCCAUCUGUAGCCAACUAUGUUUUGAGGAACAGCAAUUGUCGUUGCUUCAAUUGAAGAACAACUUCAAGUUCAAUCCUGCAUCGUCUGUAAAACUGGUGAAUUGGGUUCAGAGCAUAGAUUGUUGCCGUUGGAAUGGCGUAACCUGCGAUGAAGAUGGUCGAGUCAUGGGUCUCGACCUCAGUAAGGAAAAUAUCGCCGGCGUAAUUGACAACUCAAGCAGUCUUUUUGAUCUUCAGUAUCUCCGGAGCCUGGAUUUGAGUUUCAACAACUUCAAUCGUUCUCAAAUACCAUCCCAGAUUAGCAAGCUAGGGAAUCUGGUCUAUUUGAACUUGUCUAACGCUGGAUUUGGGGGGCAAAUUCCGAUUGAAAUUUCACGUUUAACAAGAUUGGCUAGCCUUGAUUUAUCCAACUUCUUUCUAGGAGACUCACUGGUACUUCAGAACCCAAAUCUAACUAUGCUUGUUCAGAAUCUCUCACACCUCACAGAGCUCUAUCUUGAUGGUGUAAGAAUCUCUGAACGGGGGAAGGCAUGGUGCCAAGCCAUAUCUUCAUCGCUACCAAAUCUAAGAGUGUUGAGCAUGUCCCGCUGCAAUAUUUCGGGGCCGAUUGAUCCAUCAUUGUUAAAGCUUAGGUACCUUUCAAUCGUUCGUCUUGAUAACAACGACUUGUCAAGUUCAGUGCCAGAUUUCUUUGGGAACUUUUCAAAUUUGAUUUCCUUGAGUCUCGGCAAUUGUAAAUUGUCUGGAAAACUUUCUCAGAGGGUCUUGGAACUAGAAAAACUGCAGACUCUUGACUUGUCAAACAACAAGUUUCUUCAAGGUUCUGUUUUGGAUUUCCCCCGCAAUGGGUCACUGCAGACGUUGGUUCUCAGUGGCACAAAUAUCUCAGGGAAAUUACCAGAAUCUAUCGGCAAUCUUGCAAGCUUGGCAACAGUAGACCUUUCCGGUUGCAGUUUCAGUGGUUCAAUUCCUAGCUCAAUGGCAAACCUCACAAGAUUGGUUCAUUUGGAUUUAUCUUUCAAUCAUUUCAGCGGAUUAAUACCGUCAUUUGUUUUGUCCAAGAACCUGACUUAUAUAAAGCUUUCUCAUAACAUGUUCUCAGGUCCAAUUCCAACUCAUUGGGAAGGCUUUCAAAAUCUUGUAAAUCUUGAUCUGCGAAAUAACAUGCUCAAUGGCACAAUCCCGUCAUCUCUCUUUUCUCUUCCCUCACUGCAAAAGAUUCAACUUUCUGACAACCAAUUUUCUGGUCAACUACAUGAAUUUCCAAGUCUUCCUUCUAAUCUUCUGGAUACUCUUAUUUUGAGCAGCAAUAAAUUGGAAGGGCCAAUACCAACGUCCAUCUUUAAACUCAGAGGACUUCAUGUACUUCAGCUUUCUUCCAACAAGUUCAAGGGAACUAUACAGCUAGCCACUAUCCAGAAUCUUGGAAACCUGACCAACCUUGAUCUCUCUUACAACAAUUUGACUGUCAAUGCCAGUGGUAACUAUUCUACAAUUUCAUCCUUCCCACAGCUUACCACACUAAAACUUGCUUCUUGCUCACUCGAAGUGUUUCCUGAUCUGAAGAAGCAAUCAAAGCUUUUCUCUUUGGACCUUUCGGAGAACAAAAUUUCUGGAAGUGUGCCUAGUUGGUUUUGGAGCAUCGGUAACAGUUCUCUCAAUGAAGUGAAUCUAUCAUCCAACAGCUUCACGGAUCUGGAAGAACCCUAUUAUCUUCCUCCUCUUAGCAGUCUUGAUCUUCAUUCCAACCUGCUCAAUGGACGACUGCCAAAAAUACCAUCAUCCGCAGCCUAUUUAGAUUACUCCUCCAAUAACUUUUCUUCAGUUAUUCCUGCUGAAAUUGGGAAUUUCCUCUUCAACAGCGUUUUCUUUUCCCUAUCAAACAAUAGCCUGACUGGACCAAUUCCUGAAUGUAUAUGCAAGGCUAUGUAUAUCCGAGUUCUUGACUUCUCAAGCAACAUGUUGAGUGGUCUAAUACCAGAGUGCCUCUUUCAAAUGACAAGCCUUGGUGUCUUAAAUUUAAGGCGAAACGUUCUCACAGGUAGACUUCCAGAUACAUUUUCAGCAUCCUGUGGUUUACAAACUCUGGAUCUUAAUGCAAAUCAGUUGGAAGGACCGGUUCCAAGGUCUCUGGCCAACUGCAAAAUGUUGGGAGUGUUCGAUAUGGGAAACAAUAGGAUAUAUGAUAAUUUCCCAUGCCAGUUGGAAAAUAUAUCCAGCCUGCGUGUACUUGUUUUGCGAUCCAAUCAACUCCAUGGCACCAUUGCUUGUUCAGGAUCAGAUAAGGUUUCUUGGAAAAUGCUUCAAAUUGUCGACUUAGCUUCCAACAAUUUCAGCGGUACUCUACCACCAAAAUGGUUCAAAGCUUGGCAGGCAAUGAUGGGAAAUGAAGAUCAUUACCCCCUCCAAUUUGAGUUCUUGCAUCUCAACAAGUUUUACUAUCAGGACUCGGUAACAGUUACCAGCAAAGGUCUAGAAUUAAAGUUUGAGAAGGUUUUAACACUCUUAACUGUCAUUGAUUUCUCAAGGAACAAGUUCGAAGGGCCUAUUCCAAAAGAGAUGGGCGAGUUUAGAGGAGUCUAUGUUCUUAAUCUUUCACAGAAUGUUUUGACAGGCCAAAUCCCUUCAGAUUUAGGCAACAUGAUACGGCUUGAAUCUCUAGACCUCUCUGGAAACAACCUCAAUGGAGAGAUACCAACGCAGUUAACAAGGCUAAAUUUUCUUUCGUUCCUCGACCUCUCAAACAACCAACUAACGGGAAGGAUCCCAAUAGGAGCUCAAUUUGGAACAUUUUCAGCAGCUUGCUUUGAAGGGAACAAAGGAUUGUGUGGAUACCCGUUAAACGUGACUUGCAGAGUCCAAGAAGAGGCUAAAACAACGGAAGACAGUGAAGGGAAUGAUAGGGUAGGAGUUGAUUUGAAAUUCACAGGUCCUUUGUUUGGAUUUGUGUUUGGUCUGGGAAUUUUUAAUUUGCCUCUUGUGUUUUGUAAGAGAUGGAGGAUAUGGUAUAAUGGAAGAGUUGAUCGACUCAUUCUCUCAGCUUCUACAAGUCAUAGUAGAUCCACGAGAGGAAGAAGAAAUAACGCAAGGAGCAGGCAGCAACGAUGGGGAAGAUGAUUAGGGAUGCAGUUUUCUCCUACUUUGGUCAGUGAUCCGACACGUUCUACAACCAGCUACUCUAAUUGUGUUAGUUAAUGGUAAAAUCAAGUGCAAAAUACCAUCUCAAUUCUGCUAAAACAUUAGCAAAAAAUUUGAAAUAAUGAUUGAAAAAUGGAAUAGAGAGGGAAAAUGAUAGAUAUAAAUUUUUCUUAAGAAAAACUGAAGAGAUAGGAGAAGAUUGUUGCGCAAAUCGCCCCCUUACCGCCGUCAACCACUCAUCGUGGAGGUGCUAAGAGGAUACGGUAUAUUGUUCUUAGUAUAAUUUUGUUUAUAUAUGCCUUGUACUUUUCUUUAAACAUUAAUUAAGG